CCCGAGGAUGAAGAAGAAGAAGAAGAAGACUCUUGGCUGCACUACACACCAAGCAUUACUACUCUCGUGACCACUCCACGUUGUUGAAUGAUGACCUCAAAUCCCGACCAGGUAAUUCGCCUCAUCAUCUCGGAUAUCAGGCUUGGUACCCGUUCGACCUCGACUUCCGCCCUACACCCGACGCGCGACGCGUCCUGUGAGACGAUACAGGCGACCCAGGCGGACGCGUCAACAAGCAUGCAGAGUGAUAAACCUCGCCAGGAGAGGUUAAAGACCUGGGUCUGCCUUUUGCUCUUGCUCUUGAUCGGCGCAGGACUUAUGUAUAUCUUGAUCUUCACUCGGGAUGGCAGUAUCCCCGUUUAUCCGCCAGGCCCGCAAACAGGUACGAGUACUACCACAGAAAACGACUACCUGACUCAGUCGCAUGCUGAACCUGACCUACGCACAACGAAUUCGACGACCCUGAACUCACACACCUUGACCUCAUCCAGAACAACCACAACGAUGCCGCUGAAAAAACCGCCACCACCAACAAGGGCCCCAUUUCCCAGUCACAUACUUGUGUGCAGUAUCUCCGAGCUCCUCAGCAGAUUCCCACCAGAUGUUAAACUAUGUGGCAUCACCUUCGUCAUUAUGCGCACAAGUUUAACAGAAAUGAGGUACGCGGGAAGAGCUCAACGCACGUUCGAGGCACUGAGACGACAAAUAGUGGCCUCAAAAACGAAGCUCGGCAUCGACCUUCACUAUGAGAAAGUUGAGGACACGGCUACUCACUUGAAGCGUCCUAAGGUUCAAGUUUCCAUCUCAAAAAUGGGUGCCAGUUUGAGCGGCGUCUUAGACGCUGAAGUUGGCAAAGUGUGGAGCAGCAGGGCCGACGCGAUAGUGAGCGUUCUCAAUGGUGUGCAAAAGAUGAUCCACGCAGUGAGAGGACCCGUCAUCGGAGUGGUUGCGGAACCGGGCACUGCCAGUGGAGACCACGCAGUUCACGGCACACUCUCACGGCUUUUGCGGAGGCUGCCAUGAAGUUGAUGAAGGGUACUCCGCCGGAAGUAAGCGCCAUCAAACUUUUAACCCUCACUCCAGCGGUCCUGCAGUUCAGUCUCAUGAAUGAUGGAGACCCUAUAGGCUCAUCGUGCAAAGCCGUCAAGUUCCGAUGCUACUCAGAGUGGUGCCACGUGCCAAUGGGAAGUACGAUGCGAGCGUGUACAGAAAAUAUAGUAGAAAAUGGCAAUCUGCAACCGUGCUCAGUGUUGAUGACAUUGAAACGUCUAAAGCCAAGAUGUGCCAGGCAAGAAGGGAAGGUUUUGCUGGCGAACUCGCGGUCAUGUCUGCCGAACAAGCUGAAGGAUUUGGAUGUCAUACCAACACAACAGGCUAUCUCGAGAGCAUCCUGCAAAGUCACAGGUGUUAAGGAGUUCAAGUGGCUUUGGACCCGUAACUGUACGGAAGCAAGUGUGAAGUGCGGUGACAUUUUGCAGCGAGGUCGACGUCACCAACCACCAAACUCGUAAUUAUGCAGGGUGUCACAGAAAAUGUGUUUGCUAUACGUAAGUCAUACACCACUUCUAAUCACGUAGUCAACUCCACCUGUUCUUACUAGGUUUUCGCUACGUGUUCCUUUAACGUGACAGAUCUAGGGCUAGGCACAUAAAAUUUAUUGUAAAUGAAUUGUAGCAUCUCCUGGACCUCAGCAUCUCCGAAGACCUGGAAUAAAACUGUUUUGAAAAAUA